AAACCUUCUUUUUUUCUCCUCCUCUGUACACUAUCUUUCUCGUCUGUAAACCCUAAUUCCCAAAUCCAAACCCUAAUUCACACUCCCGUCGCAGUACCGCCGAACAACAAUGGCGUUCCGCAGCAAAAUCCGACUCCUGACACUCCAACGCAAUCGCCCAUUUUCCUCUUCAAUCCUGAGCCCGGACUCCAAAACCCCACUCAGCAGCAAAGAGAAGUCACGCGCCGCCCUCUCCCUCCUCCGAUUCGAAAAGAAUCCGGAACGAAUCCUCGAUAUCUGCCGAGCCGCUUCCCUCACCCCCGACUCACAUCUGGACCGUGUCGCCUACUCCAUGGCCAUGUCCAAGCUCAAAGAAUCCAACUACUACGAGGGCAUUCGUGGCUUCAUCAAAGAUUCCCUGAACCGCCCGGAUUUUAGGUCUGAGCGCUCUGUUUCUCAUUUGAUCGUUCUCUACGGCCAGGCGGGUCUUGUCAAGGACGCCAUCAACCUGUUCGACGAAAUGCCCAAGUUGGGUAUUCAGACCAGCGUCAAAGCUCUGAACUCGCUGCUGUUCUCCUGCGCUAUAGCUGGUGAAUACGGCGAAAUGAAGAGGGUUUUUUCGGAUUUCCCGAGAAAGUACGGUUUGGAGCCGGAUUUGGACACUUACAACACUGUGUUGAAGGGCUUGUCUGAAUCAGGUAGUGCGAACUCAGCCCACUCCAUACUAGCCGAGAUGGAGAGGAAGGGUAUAAAGCCUAACGCAGCGACUUUUUCUGUUGUGAUUGCUGGUUUCUACAAGGAGGAAAAAAUCGGUGAUGUGGAGAAGAUGAUUGGUCUGAUGAAGAAACACGGAGUCCAGAGAGGGAUCGGUGUUUACAACGUUAUGAUGCAGAGCUUGUGUAAGCUGAAAAGGUCAAAUGAGGCGAAGGCGUUGUUGGAUGAGAUUCUGUCGAAAAAAAUGAAGCCCAACUGUGUAACGUACGGCCAUUUGAUUUACGGGUUCUGUAAAGAAGGAAAAUUGGAUGUGGCCAAGAGUUUGUUCGAGGAGAUGGUUAAUCGGAAGUUGAAGCCAGAGGCGGAGUGUUAUUUUACGAUGGUUUACUAUUUAUGUCAAGGGCAUGAGUUUGAUGUUGCCUUAACCAUAUGUAAGGAUUCUAUGUCGAAGGGUUGGAUUCCGAACAUAACAACAAUGAAGUCUCUUGUGAAUGGACUGGUUAGUGUUGAGAAAGUUGACGAGGCGAAGGAAAUUAUCGCAGUGAUGAAGGAGAAGUUCUCUAGGAAUGCCGAUAAAUGGAUCGAGAUUGAGGAGGGAUUAGGUAAAGUAGUUGAGAGUACCUAACCAUGGUAUUACUGAUUUAUCUUUUGUUACGCAGUUUCGUGUCUGUAAUAAGACCGGCCAUGUCAGCAAGAAUGAUGCUCCCGAUGAAUUUGUUUUUUUUUUUUUUGCUGAAUUUGUUUCUUUAGUUUGAUGCUCCUUAAUGUUGGUUUUGGAAAGUUGAUAGUUUGUUGUCGUGCGUUUUCAUUUGCAUUUGGAGUAAUUCAUAAAGAUCGAUCAAUCUCCUAUAAUU